AAGAGACGAGACGAGGGAAAUUUAUGAGGAGAAAGGACGUGAUUUUCGCGUUUCUUGGAGGAUUUAAAAACGAAAAUCUUGCCUGCAAUCAGAAGUACUGCACGCAUUUUUACCCCGAGGAGUUGACUCGUUAUUACUUCGGACUGUUUCAGCCACACCCAUAAAGUGAUUGAGAUCUUCAGUGAAGCUCCUCCUACAACAAUCCACCAAUAAAUGCUGAAGUCAAACACACAAAUAAUCACUCCAUGUGUGACAACUGAAAUCUUCAUGACAUAAUGUUGAUGCUGGUGAAAGAGGAGCUUGAGAAGAUGACAGAUCCACAACCAUGUAGAAUAAAGGAAGAAGAUACUGAGGAACAAAUAGAUUUGAUAGAAGUGAAAGAGGAGAGUCAAGCUGAAGUGGAUGAGAAACAUCAGAUUGUAAAAAUAAAUCAUAAUGUUUCACAGAAAGAAACUCUGAAGACAGAAGACAUAAAGUGUGAAAAUAGUUUCAGUGAAGAUGAACGCCCUGCAGAUCACAAGAGGACUGACAGUGAGGAGAAAUCUUUCACAUGUCAACAAUGUGGAAAGAGUUUCAGAGAUAAAAGUAAACUUGAGGCUCACCUGAGAAUUCACGCUGAAGAAACACCACAUGUGUGCCAUGAGUGUGGAAAGACUUUUACAUCUGUAGGUAACCUUAAGAGACAUUUGAAAAUUCACACUGCAGAGAAACCUUACACGUGUCAUCUGUGUGGAAAGCGUUUCGCAGUUGAAUCUAGCCUUAAGAAACACAUGAGAAUUCACACCGGAGAAAAACCAUUCACAUGUCUUCAGUGUGGAAAGAGUUUUAAAACUUCAAGUGACCUUACGAGACACACAAGAAUUCACACCGGAGAGAAACCAAAUGCGUGCCAUGAGUGUGGAAGCAGUUUUACAACUGCAAGUUACCUUAAGAAACACAUGAGAGUUCACACUGAAGAGAAACCUUACACUUGUCAACAUUGUGGUAAGAGUUUUAGAGAUAAAGGUAACCUUAAGAAACACAUGAGAGUUCACACCGGAGAGAAACCUUACACUUGUCAUCAAUGUGGAAAGAGUUUUUCACUAAACAUUACCCUUAAGAUACACACAAGGAUUCACACUGGAGAGAAACCGUUCACGUGCCUUGAGUGUAAAAAAAGUUUCAGAAGUAAAAUUAACCUUAAAACACACAUGACAAUUCACAGUGAAGAGAAACCUCACUCAUGUCUUCAGUGUGGAAAGAGUUUCAGAAGUCAAGGCGCUCUUAAGAAACACAUGAAAAUUCACACUGGAGAGAAACGUCACGCGUGUCUUCAUUGUAAAAAGUUUCACAAGUGAAGGCACUCUUAAGAGACACAUGAUAGUUCACACCGGAGAGAAAGCAUUCACAUGCCAUCACCGUGGAAAGAGUUUCAGAAGAAAAACUGACCUUAAUUUACACAUGAGACUUCACACUGGAGAGAAACGGUUUGCAUGUCCUCAUUGUGGAAUGAGUUUUAUGUGGAAAUCAAGUCUCAGAAAUCACCAGCGCUUACAUUCUGAAGAAAGACAUUCAACUCUUCUGUGCAGUGAUGAGUUUAUUAUGACAUUGAAUCAGAAGAUACACACGACUGGUCAUGAGUGGACUUUCAGAUGUAAAGAUGUAGUUGUGAACUGCUUGUGGAAAGAGUUUUUGGCCGCAGGAGCUGCAAAUCUCAUGUGUGGACUUGAAAUUACAUCCAAAAUUCACACUCAAGAGAUGUUAUGUGUUUCAAUUGUGAAAACAGUUCUGAUGUGUCAAGCAUUACUUUAUUACUGCGCUUCUGUUUCAUGUUCUUUUGGAGUCUAUUUCCCAGACCCUUUUCAAAUAGUUAAAAACCAGCCCAGUCUCACAAAAUUUUGUUAUAUAGUCACAUAGUUUUUUGAUUCUUUUUUUAUGAUGAUAUCACGAAUUUCCGCGUUUUUUCGUGACCGUACUACAAAUUCCUUUUUUCAUGUGAUUAUCACGUAUUGGUUACUCAACUGUAUUGUCCUAUUUUUUUUACCACUGUCGCUUCGGUUCAGGGUUAGAUUUACAUAAAAUGACAUCCCUACCUAAACCCAACUCUAACACCAGGCGACAUAUAAAAAAUAAAUCAAAAAAUAGUAUAAACCAAUAUAUAACGUGACAUUCUAAUGCAAGCACCAAAUCUAACCCUAAACCGAAGCAACAAUGGUUUAAAAAUAUGAAAAAGCAGUUGAGUAACCAAUACAUGAUAAUCACAAGAAAACAGGAAUUCGUUAUACGAUCACAAAAAAAGCGGAAAUUUGUGAUAAUAUCACGAAUAAAAGAAUCAAAAAAUUAUAUAUCACGAAACCUCAUGAGACUGGGUAGCUAAAAACAUAUGCAGUGUUAUUUUUUUAUUCAGAUAUUUCUAUUUACAUCAGAUCAUUUUACAAAUGUUUUUUUCUUGAUUGUUGAUUACAUGUG